AUGUCUCUCUCCAUCUUCCUCCUAUGGCUCGUCUCCAUCCCUUUCCUUUCCCACUCCCAAUCCGACCCCACACCCACAGGCUAUCUGUUAGAUUGUGGGGCUGGCGAGUCUUCACCACAAAUCGAAACCACGUCCGGGAUAGACCUCAAGUACGUAACCGACGAGGGCUUCAUUUCUGUGGGAAACAUCACAACCCUCACCAACCAGGACCUCGUACCAAUUCUAUCCACGUUGCGCUAUUUCCCCGACGCCUCCGCGCGUAAGUAUUGUUAUUCGGUUCCUGCAAUUAGAGGCGGCAAAUACCUUAUCAGGACGACUUACUUCUACGGCGGCUUUGAUGGAGGGAUGGAGCCGCCGGUGUUCGACCAGAUUGUGGACGGCACGAAGUGGGGGGUCGUCGACACCUCCCAGGACUACGCCAACGGGCUCAGCUCGUAUUAUGAGAUCGUUGUCGUCGCUGCCGAGAAGUCGCUCAGUGUUUGCCUGGCUAGAAACGAGAACACGAAAUCCAGCCCGUUUAUAUCGGCCCUGGAGGUGGAGUACUUGGAAUACUCGUUGUAUAACUCGACGGAUUUUAGCAAGUUUGCGCUUAGUACGGUGGCGAGGAGUACCUUUGGCAGUGACAAUGAAUAUAUUGGCUUUCCAGAUGACAAAUUCAACCGGAUAUGGCAACCGUACAAGGACCUGAACCCCAUAGUGACAAGCCACUCGGACGUAAACCCUUCAAAUUUUUGGAAUGACCCGCCUGCAAAAGCGUUCAACAAUGGAAUCACAACCAGCCGCGGCAAGACACUCCAAAUCCAAUGGCCCCUAAUGUCGCUUCCUAGCGCCGACUACUACAUUGCGCUCUACUUUCAGGACAACAGAACGCCAAGCCCUUAUAGCUGGAGAGUGUUCAAUGUGUCAGUGAAUGGAAAUAAUUUCUAUGCAAAUCUCAAUGUCACAACCAAUGGCAUUACUGUUUAUUCCUCGCUGUGGCCUCUAUUCGGGCAGACAGAAAUUGCCCUGACUCCUGCCGAGGGAAUGCCUGUUGGGCCUGUGAUCAAUGCUGGUGAGGUGCUGCAGAUUCUGCCUCUUGGUGGAAGGACUUUAACUAGAGAUGCGGUGGCGAUGAUGGACUUGGCGAGAAACUUCAACAAACCACCUUCGGAUUGGAGUGGCGAUCCAUGCUUACCUGAAAAGAAUUCGUGGACUGGAGUUACAUGCUCGCGUGGGAAAUUUUCUCGAGUCGUUGCUCUGAAUUUAACCGGCAAGGGACUCUCCGGGUCCUUGCCUUCAACCAUAUCAAAUUUAACUGCGCUUAACCAUAUUUGGCUUGGAGGGAACAAGCUCACAGGUUCCAUUCCGGAAAUGUGGUCUUUAAAGGAGUUGAAGACUUUGCAUUUGGAGAACAACCAACUUGAAGGACCAAUUCCUAAAUCAUUAGGCCAACUUCCAAGACUUUAUGAGAUAUUCCUUCAGAACAACAAUCUCGGCGGCCAAAUUCCCGCAACGCUACAGGCGCAAAACGGAAGAAGCAUUCAGUAA